AUGAGCUCCAUCGAUCAAAGGCCCAAAUCAAAUACUCUCGUCGAGCAGCGACGGCAAGCGGCCGUGCGUAAGAUACAGGCCAAGCGAGAUUUCUUGAACGAGGCAGUUCGGCCGAGCCGCAAGGGUCACCUGUUCGAACACUUCAUCGUCGUCGGGUGGCCACCAUCGGUGCGCGUCAACCCGAAGGUGCCUCCUCAGCAGCAGCUCGCCGCGCCGACCAUCCUGUACAAGGCACAGGAGGACAGCAAGCGAUCGAGCCUCGUCGAAGACGCCGUGGUGCACUUUUGCUUCCCUAACAAGCCGUGGAUCCAACCACGCAGCACUGCCAAGUCAAGCGAGAAGCUGGAGCAGAAGAUCCUGUUUCCCAUCGACGACCUGAGCAAUUCGGAGCACUCGUACAUAUUCCUGAUGACCGGCGACGGUCAAUUCCUCUACGGCGUGUGCGUCAGCCAGGAGGAACUACUCUCGCCGAUCGACAAGCCAUCGUUCAUGCGAGGACCGGCCUAUUCGCCGCCCGAUGGCCUGUCGAAGGAGGACCUGGAGUAUGAUAUGGCGGCGCCUCGCGUCUAUUGCUUCAUCACCCGCUUCCCCUUCUUCCAACUCCACUUCAACAUGCUCUACCAUCUCCUGGAACUGGAGAGGAAGAACAAUGCCAGCGCCACGGUGCGGCGAGAGCAGUACAUCGCGCGAAAGAAGCGGGAGCGAUCGGUGGCCGUGGCCAAGUCCGACGGCGACAUGAACUCCAAGUGGUUCAGCAACCUGGGCAGUUGGUUCAGCAAGAAGAACAAGGGUCAGGCCGGUUCGCCGAGCGGCACGCCUCGUAAGUCCCUGGUGGUUCCGACUCUGCGAGUGUCGGCCACUCCCCCGCCGACAGAGGAAUGGAAGGUGACCGGAGGCGACGAGAGUCUGAUCUCCGUGCCUCGUGCGAUGCGGGCAAAGAGUGUGGAGAGCAUGGACGCGAUGAAGGAGAGGCUGCAUGACUUUCACUCGGCCAUCGGCGGCGGCGGAAGUGGCGGACAGACGUCUUUGUACAGUCCCGGCAGAAGUCGGACCGUGACCGAGACGACGCAGACUGCGCCUUUCCGCUCCCCAUCGAGCAGCAGCAGCAGCAACCAGCCUGCCGUUGACAACAAUGCCACGGGCAGCGGUGGUGCGGAUGGCGGCGAUGACGAGCAGAAGAAGAAGGCCAGCGAGGACAUGAUCAAGCGGCUGCAGAGUCACCACGCGGCCAUCAUCCAAGCGCAAGCCAAGAAGUCGCGCGAAAAGAAGCUCAAGACCAAGGAGGAGUACGACGAGAAGAUUCAUCGAAUCAUCGAGAGCGUGCACCACGCCCAACAGCCGCUGCCGCAGCAGUCGCAGCCCAACCAGGUCACCCCGCCGCCGGCACGACUGGGACACCGACGCAACCGGAGCGACGUGUCGGCGAUCAUGCGCAACACGGCGAUCGCGCGCGAGUCGCUGCUGGAGACGAUCGAGGAGACCACUGAGGAGCCCACCACGACGACCACGCCCGGCUCGGGCGGCCAUAAGGAGGGCGGCGGCAGCCGAGCGGCGAUGACCACGCCGCCCACCAAGCGGAGGUCGGCGAUGCUGACCCUCUCGCCGGGCGAGCGGAAGGCGAGGCGCAGCUCGGCCCUCAUCAAAAACCAGUCGUUCAUGCAACAGCAGGAGGAGGAGGGGGAGGAAGACGAGGAGGGCGAGACGGAGGGCGAGACGGAGGACGACGAGGCGGCCCGGGUCAGGCAGCGCAACAAGGUGCUCGACGUGCUCAACGAGUACUACGCCACCGAGGCCAAGAGCCUGGAGAGCUUCGCGGCCAAGCUGCCUCGCAAUCGACGCAAGCAGGGCAAGCUCUACGUGACACCGAAAGGAGAGGAGGAGAAGGCGAUCGCCGAGUGGUGCUUGCCGUCGCUUCUCCGCUUGGUGUCGCUCGAACACUUCACUAUUUUGCUGCGGGCGCUGGUGCUGGAGUUCAAGGUGGUUGUCAUCAGCAAGAAUCUGGGCAUUCUCGCCAACGUCGUGUACGCCAGCCCCACGUUGUCGGUCAUUGCGCUGCUGCGGCCUCUCAUGUGGCAGGGUCCGUUCAUCCCCAUUCUCCCCAGCAAUAUGGACGAAUGCGUUGAAUCGCCUGUUCCGUUCAUCAUCGGAGUACAGAAGUUGGAUGCCGAUAGGGAGGCCAUCGUGCGUAGCGACUGCCUGGUGCUCGAUGUCGAGAACGACGCCCUGACCCUGCCGUCCUACCACCUCCCCAACCUCCCCAAGGAGCGCGAACUCGCGGACAAGCUGGCCCCGUGGUACGACAAGAUCUUCACGUCGGAGCGGGACAAGGCCAAGGAGCGGCGAGACCACAUCCUCAUGCCCUCCAAGACCUCCAAGAAGGAGGCUCGCGCCACACAGGAGAUCAUGCAGAUCGUUCAGCGGUACCAUGAGGAGUUGAUAUCGGAGGUGGUCAACUACGCCCACAUCUACGCCAUCGCCACCUCGGUUCCGGCCUCGAUCCUGCCCGACAUCCCGGCCACCACGCCCCAGCGGAAACGCGCCGCCGCCGCCGUCCCGGUGCCCUCGCCCGGCUCCUCGAAGGGUAGCGCUAUCGGUGUUGCGACCCCGCAGCGGCGGCACCCGCGUUCGGCCCACGCGAGCCCGGCCAGCCACCAGGCGUCGCCGCCGGCGUUCGGCUACCCGUCGUGGUCGGACUCGCAACCGGUGGCGAGCACCAACGCCAUGAUAUCGCGCCGCGCGUCGACGUUCGCCACCACCGCCGCCUCGCAGCAGCAGCAUCAGCGGCCGCACUGCUCGAGCUGGGCGCGCCCGCUCAACGACGAGCUGAUCUCGUCGCUCUCCCAGCGGCGGGCCUCGCUCGCGCCGGGCACCUCGUCGUCGCUCGCCUCGCUCCCGCCCCUGUCGUCGAUAGGAGCGCUCUCGAUCGACCUGCCCCGGGUGGUCGACGUGCACCGCACGCGCGGCGGCCGCAGCAGCUUCGGCGGCAAUCGCGACCUGCUGUCCACCAUGCCCGCCCGGCUGAUCGCCACCGCCGACUCCAUGCCGCUCCUCCCCUCACCCGGCUCCACGCCCGGCUCCAGCCGCAGGCCUACGACCUCCGCCGCUGCACAGACCCAGCGCGGAGGGAUCGGCGCCGCGCCGCGCUUCCUGUCGCUCUCCACGUCGGCCCUGCCCGGCCUCCACAGCGUAUUCGCGGAUGAUAGCGACGACGACGGCGACGAGGAGGAGUACACGCACAGGCCGCGCUCGUUUUCGCUCUCGGCCCUGUCGUCGCUCACCGAGGAGGAGAAGGACGAGCUGGCUUCGACCCCGCUCCAGCUCCACACGUCGUCCGCCUUCUUCCUUCUCAACUCGGCGCGCACCACGCCGACCCGCCGCUACCGGCCGUUCGACGCCGCGCCGUCGCGACGAGGCGAAGACAGCGACGAUGAGUGCGACGGCGAUGAGGCGAACCGACGGGCGGGCGAGCAGCCGGAGCUGAAGCUCACGCUGACGCCGAUGACGCCGCUCUUCGGGUCGUCGCUCCCGCAGCUGUCGGCAACGACGUUCCUCUUCUCGGCGCACGAGCAGCUCGAGCAGCUGAUCGCCCUGUUCCCGCUCAACUACCAGAACUUCAUGCGCACGUUCCUCUUCACCCAGCUGUGGACCGUCUACACGGACGAACUCGACCGCAUCUUUGCCGAACGACGGUCCCAAAUCUCCCUCGAUCAGCUCCUCAAGGAGAAGCGGUCGAACAUGAGCAAGAGCGACGGAGCGCUGGAUGAGGAAGAAGAUGCGGAGAGCGACCAGGCCAUCAACUUCGUGACGCCGAGGAACGCGGCCAAGUUCAGCGAGGAGAUCCGCAACCUGAUGGCCUACGAGGACGGCCAGCUGCAGAGCGCACAGUCGCUGCUCCAGAUCUUCGAGAAGACGCCCGAAGAGGAGGCCGCGCUGGACGACAUCCUCCUGCACUCCAGCCGGCGACUCACCAUCCUCUCCAAGGCCUUGGACUCCAUCAACCUCCUGCUUCGCUCACCCUCCGCCUCCUGA